ACCCUAACAUUCAGUUCACCAUGGAAACUGAGACAUCCGAUUCAUUACCUUUCCUUGAUGUACUCAUUUCAAAGAAGACUGAUGGUUCUCUAGCACACUCCGUGUACAGAAAACCCACCCAUACAGACCGCUACCUCAACGCUCGAUCAUUCCAUCCUCCUUCUGUGAAAGCCUCAGUGAACCGGACCCUACUUCAAAGGGCACACAUUAUUUGUGAUAAGAAACAUUUACCUAAUGAACUGGAGCACCUUAACACAGUGCUAAAAGAGAAUGGGUAUAAACCAAACAAAAGAGAGUCCCUUUCAAAACACAACUCUCAGUCUGCACAAUCCAAAGAUAUGCCCAUUGCGGUCCUUCCGUACAUUGGUCAUACCUCACACAAAAUUCAACGGAUCCUCCGUGAGGCCGAAAUCAAGGUCUACUACCGAACUCACAACAAGUUGGAUACUAAGCUACACACUCACAAAGACAAGCAUGACUCUAGCAGUCAGGCAGGGGUCUAUCGCAUUCCUUGUACUUGUGGUAAAGUGUACAUUGGCAAGACCGGUAGAGACCUAACUACCUGGCUAAAAGAACAUAAAGCACAUGGCCGCAGAGGAGAAUAUGACAAAUCUGCCAUUGUCAAACACUCCACCGAUUUAGACCAUGUCAUAGAUUGGGAUCAGGCUCGUAUCAUAGCACCUGAGAGACAUUGGUAUACAAGGCGCAUAAGGGAAGCUAUCAAAAAAUACAGACACGACACUGUGCCACAAGAUAUCGGCUAUUUCAUCAGCAGCAUUUGGCAUACUAUCCUACCACCCUCCUCCUCUAACAACCCCCAACCUACUGACACGCCUCACUACACCCGAGAGGUUUCUCACACAAUGGCCAACCCUAACAAUAGCCCUGAGCCCGCCAACCACACAACCAAUCAGAGCAUUGAUUGACCUGCAGUGGAUCCACUGAACCC